AAUCCAUCAAGUAAAAAUCAAAGACUAAAAGAAGUCACCAGUCUUCGACAUCUCAAUUCUCAAAUUCUUACAGAGAAGAACAAAGCAGAAGGAAAAUGGACGAAGAAGAAUUUCGACGCCUUCUCGAUCUCUUCCCUGUGGUCCGAUCUCGCGAUUACCAUUAUGACUCGGACCCAUCAAGGCAAUCAACUUCUCGGCCACCGCAAAAUGCCGCGGUUAAAAAGUGGGAGGAUGAGUGGGAAGAGAAAGAAGGAGAUAAGAAGGAAAUUUCAAAUCAAGAUAAUGAUCUACAUGAUGCAUUUUGGGAGAAGCUAAUGUUGGCAGUCGAGAGGAAGGGCCAACUUUGUUGUGUUGCUGGAUUUGUAGGUGGGAGCUUCAGAGGCAAAGAGAUUUUGCAGCGCGUUCAAACAAGUUCAUAGGCGACUAGUAUAUGAAGAGCUUAGUUUGGAUGCUGCCCGUAGCUUUAUAAACUCAACUAGUUCUGGGGAACGGUUCUUUUCCUAGCUGUAAUUUUUCUCAUUUGGAUCAUUAGUAGUUGCUGAAUAUUACUUCAAAUCAAACGAGAUCUAAUUUUGUUUACAAAAUUGAUCAUCAAUGUAUCAUGUGUAACUAUUUUUUUUUCUUUUUUUAGAAUGCGUAAAUUUACCUUUGUACUUUUCACAGAUAAAUAUUUUGGCAUCAUCACCUUUUACUUUAAUCUAUUAAAGAUUUCAAUUUA